AGUACUAGAGGGGGAGAGGAUCUUUUUCACCAUUUUACCUCACGCUACGAUUCUACACCAAAAACAGCCCUCGAAAGGUCGAACCCGCCGAACUCACGCACCCUCACACCAGCGACUACUAGUAGUACUCCUGGUACGGCGUAAAAGCCAGAGCCGUGAUGGCGCGCGCGCUGGUGCUGCGACUAGUGAAGUGACAGGGCCCCGUGCCGCUGCUACUACUCCUACUAGGGAGCCGGAAUUAAUCUAGGCAAUGACACUGCAGAUGGAGCCGCCGGCGCCGCCUCCGCGGCGGUCCGUAUCAACGAGCUGCGACCUGCACCCGGACGAGAACUUCACCGGCUUCUGCACCGCCUGCCUCCGCGAGCGUCUCGCCGGCCUCGAGGCCACCGCCGCCGCGGCCGCCGCGCCGGGCCGCAAGUCCACCUCCGCCAUCCGUUCGCUCUUCUCCAGGCCCUUCGCUGCCGCCCCGUCCGGCUCCGGCUCCGGCGCCGCGCCCCCCGACCUCCGGCGCUGCAAGUCCUUCUCGUGCGGCCGCGGCGGCGCCGGCGCAGCGGUAGAUGAGCCGCAGCGGCGGUCGUGCGACGUGCGCGGGCGGAGCACCACGACGACGCUCUGGUCGCUCUUCCACCAAGACGACCGCGAGCGCGUCCGCGACGGCACGGCCUUCGGCGCCUUCCCGGCCUCAUCCUCUGCCGCCGCCGCCGCGCUCCCCGCGGAAUUCCAGCAGCAGCCCUGCGUCCCUGAGGUGUUCUUGGAGGAGGAGAUCGUUGCGGCAGAGUGCCCCGAUGAGAUAACUCCCGUGGUGGAGGAGCCCAUCUCAGCGGAGAUGGAAGCUGAAGCUAACUCUGCGGCACGGGAGGUCAGGGCUAUGAAGGAUCACAUAGAUCUGGAGUCCAGGAAGCCGCCGCCCAAGGACCUCAAGGAAAUCGCCGGGAGCUUCUGGCUCGCUGCCUCGGUCUUCAGCAAGAAGUGGCAGAAGUGGAGGCGCAAGCAGAAGCUCAAGAAGGAGGAGGCUGCUACUGGCAGCAAGGCAGCGGCCGCGGCAAUGCCGCCAUCGGAGAAGCCCUCCAGGCCCUCGUUCCUUCGCCGCAGCCGCCUUCGAGGCGAGGAGUUUGCCGGAGGCCGCCGUUCGUGCGACACGGACCCGAGAUUCUCCCUUGAUGCCGCCCGCAUGUCCGUCGACGAUGUGGGCUUAUCCUGGGACGGGCCACGCGCGUCCUGGGACGGCUACCUGUUCGGCGCCGGCUCCGGCAUUGGGCUUGGGCGCGCGCCUCUGCCGAUGUCACGGCUCCCGCCCAUCCUCUCCGCGCUCGAGGACUCUCCUGCCGGCAUUGUGGAGCGCUCCGAUGGCCAGAUUCCCGUAGAAGAUGACUCCCAGCCAGAGCCCGACGGCGACGUCCCCGGCGGCUCAGCACAGACGCGGGACUACUACAUGGACUCGUCGUCAAGCCGGAGGCGCCGUAGCCUGGACCGGUCCUCCAGCUCCGCGCGGAGAAGGUCGUUUGAAGUUCCCGACCCAAAGCCAGCGCCUGCAGCGGCCGCUGCCAUCACUAACACCAAGGACAAGGAGUCCCCACUAAACGGGAGCUCAGAGUUCUACCACUUCCACCACGCCCAAGACCUGCUCGACCAUCGGUUCAGCUCCAACUCUCUCAUUGAAGACUUCCCCGCGAGCCUGGAUGCCGCUUUCCCGGGCCCCGCCGCCAAGAAGCCUCGUCGUUUGCGCAAGGCGUGGAGCCUCUGGGGCUUCAUCCACCGCCGGGCCACGGGCCGCGCUCGGAACGGCGGCGCGUCCGACCGGGCGUUCUCGGAGCCGUGGCCGGAGCUGCGUGCCCGCGGGUACAAUGCCAGGAUGCAGAGGUGCAGCAGCAACGCCAGCGCGCGCAGCUCUUUCAGCAGCAACAACUGCGGCCUGGGCAGCUCGCGGCGCAGCUUCGUCGACGGCAAAUGCGGCGGCAAUGUCAAGCGGCAGCGAGAGGAGUGCGUGCUGGAGCGGAACCGCAGCGCGCGGUACUCGCCACCGGUGCACGCCGCCGACAACGGCAUGCUGCGGUUCUACCUGACCCCGAUGGGGAGCGCCAGCGGCCGGCGCACCCCUGGCCCUGGGCUACCGGCCAACGGCGGCCGGCACCUGGGGUCGCAUUCCUUCACCCGGAACAUGCUCCGGCUGUACUGAGAUCCUUACCUGACUUAGUUCGGCGCGCAGAUGGAGUCGUAGUUUCUUUGCAGCUUUAGUUAAGGGUUAAGUUCUAAUCAAGGACAAUGUAAUAUGGGUAUCGAUGUAAUAUUGGUGUAGUCAUAAAUAUCUUACAUCCUUUGUUCAUUUGGGGGUUUGGAUGUGGAACGAGGGUUAUCUCACAUGAUCGAUCA